AUGGACUUCUUACUACUGCUUGUGCUUGCGACUAUUUUGUACACAUUACCUGUGCACUCCGCAAGAGCUCCUGUGGACACUUUUUUAUUCCAGGGAAGAGACAAUACGCCAUUUAUCCAAAACCCGAAGGCGAAUUUCCUUCAAGGAGGCUAUUUGGUUGAAUACCAUGACAAUGCAAAGCAAUUCUCAGCCUUUUCUACCGCACUCGGCGGUGCAGGUUUCCCUGCUAAACACCGCUUCGACUUCAACCAUAAAUAUUUUCGUGGUUCUUCCUUUGUUAUCAAUGAUAAUGGAGAUCAACAGAGUGCAAUGGCAAAAAUAAUGGCCACAAACCAAGUAAAAAAUGUCUGGCCAUUGCGACUUAUUCAACGGGAUCCAGGGCAAUUACACUCAAAACUUCCCCCUGGAGCAAAACUUAGAUCAUCAAAGUUACCAAAACGUGAAUCUGGAAAAGCAUGGUCAACGCAUGCAAUGACUGGAGUUGAUAAGCUUCAUGCAAAGGGAAUGACCGGAAAAGGGAUGUUUGUCGCUAUUUUAGACACUGGCGUGGACUACAAGCAUCCAGACCUUGGUGGCGGCUUUGGUCCAGGGUUCAAAGUUGCUAAGGGCUACGAUUUUGUGGGUGAUAACGCGAUAAUCGGACGCCCUCAACCGGAUGCUGAUCCUUACGACUCGUGUGGAUUUCAUGGCACCUGGGUUUCGGGGAUUGUUGCUGCCAACCCUGGUGCACUCAAUGCCCCUGGUGUCGCUCCGGAUGCCACCCUUGGCAUGUACCGCAUCUUUGAUUGUUUCCUGUGGACAUCGGAAGACAUUGUCAUCAGUGCAUACUUAAAAGCCUACGAUGAUGGUGCAGAUGUUAUUUCUCUGUCAUUUGGCUCAUACAGUGGCGUCCACAAUGGCAAGUUUUCGUACCCUCUUGGACGUGUUGUGUCUAGUAUUGUUGAUUCUGGUGUUGUUUGUAUUGCUGUUAGUGGUGAAGUUGGCGGUCCGCCGUUCCAGGCAAACAGCCCAGCCAGUGCCCUGGGCGUCAUCUCUGUUGCUACUGUUGAAAACUCAGUCAAACCCAUGUUCCAUUUUAUUGGCAAUUACUCAGUUGUGAACAGCAAAAGUGAAGCCUUUGAAUAUGAACCCACUAAUCUGCCCCUCACCCAACGUCGGUCUUUGUGGACCUGGAACUAUACAAUGGACUUUCAGGACCCAUACAGUCUGACAAAUUGUCCUGAAUUUACUGAAGAAAUUCCCGAUCUGAAAGAACAUGUUGCUCUGGUACCAUUUUGUUUAGCUACUAUGCUUAGUGCUGUUGGCCUUGGUGUGAAACAUAUUAUGCUGCAUGACCGUGGCGAGAUCUUUCCGUCCGUUGCAGCCAAAAAAGAUAAUGACGCUAAAGCUAUACUUGGACUUGGGAUUGUAAAUCGCCAGCAGGGCGACGAAUGGCAGAGAAACUUUUUGAGCGGGAUGAAGGCAACACUCACAUUUACAGACCCAAACAAGCCAGAAUUUCGAUACCGUGAAACUCCAAACAAGGUUGGAGGCUUAGUUGAUAUAUGGAGCUCUUGGGGGCCAACAUUAGAACUUGAUUCAACUCCUAUUGUUGCCGCACCGGGUACGAAUGUGCUUUCAACGCUACCAAAGAGAGAGGGUAUCUAUGGUGUUCUGUCUCACGCAGGGGGUGCGGCUCCAUAUGCAGCAGGUGUUGCUGCUCUUCUGAAGCAAAAUAACAAAAAAAUAGACCCCAAAUAUAUUAUUCGGGCGUUGACUACAACGGCAAACUUACUAAAUUUCAGCAAUGGGCAAUCAACUGACAAUACCCUUGCGCCUCCCAUCCAACAAGGUGGUGGCCUUAUCAAUGCAUUCUCCGCUGUACAUUCUGAAACUCUCCUUUCGCCAUCACACAUAAAAAUCAAGGGAAGAUAUGAUGAUACAGCCCUGAUUACUCUCCGCAAUACCGGGCGCCAGGCGAAGUGGUAUUCAAUCUCUCACAAACCAUCGCAUAGCGUAUACACUGUCUUUUCAAAUCUCCUGGAACGGGGAACACUCCCUGAGCUCGAGGCAGCUAGUGCCCGUGUGCUCACGUUCCCACCAAGGAUUAAGGUUCCCGCAAGAACGACUCUUGGAUUCAUCGCUUAUUUCAUACUUCCACGCAAUUUAGCCAACCAAAGAGUGCCCAUUUACAGUGGCCAUAUCCUUGUUAAAGAAGAUGAUGGCCCUGAAUUCUCCGUCUCCUACUUGGGGUCGCCGUCUGACUUAAAGACAAUUGAAUGCUUCAAUAACCGAUCUACGUACCUAGCCACUACAGACGAUAUUAGCAAGAAGGCUGCACCUGGGCGCACCUUUAAAUUCCCCCGAAACAAUAUCACAGACAUCGAAGACUUCGACUUACCCAUCAUGAUGGUUGGCCUUGAUUUUUACACACGCGAAAUAGUAGCUGAGAUUAUCCCGGAGAAGCCAAUAGAGGGAUUCAAUGGUAAGUUAGGAGGUAACGAGCCAUUUGGGCCGUUUCCACCUGGAAUAAUAAUUCCUAUCCCGGUUUUUGGAAAUCUAGCUUCUGGAGAUUUCGCUCCAGAAGGGAAAUUCACAAUGUCAGUAAAAGCACUAAGGUAUCAUGGAGAGCAAGGUAAAAAUAAUGACUGGAAUGUAUUCAAGUCGUCAUCCUUUGGCAUUGAAUAUGUAGGUGGUACAAAUAUGACGGCUAAUCAGUGA